UAAAAGGCUUGCAGUUCUGGGCGGAGAUUCAUAGGUAAACAGAAAGCAGGAGGUGAAAGUCAAGGGAAAAGGGACAUUGGGGGAGGCUUCUAGGGAAUUGGAUCUUCUUUCUUAGUCAUGAUCUAUGAUUUCUGGGUCAUGACCGAGAUAUACAGGGUACGGACUAGACAUCCGGUCAUGGCCUAGACUUUGGGAUUGACACGUAGAGUUCUGUGUGGCAGCACAGACGUCUGGAUCAAGAUCUACAAUUUCUGGAUCACGAUAUACGAUUUCGGAGUCGCAAUCUAGACUUCCAGGUUGCAACCUCUGAAUUCCAGGGUGCCUGUGAUGGCGGAGUAUUGUUCCCGUCCUCCCUUCCGAAGCCCGUUCCGCCCGGCCCCCAAGGAGUCUUCUGGCCGGACCUAUCGCAGCACCCAUCACUCCCAGUCUCUGCUCAGUGGCCUGGGUGCCCUCCGGGACAGGGGUGUACUCUUCGAUGUGAUUCUGAAGGUCGAAGGGCAGCCUCUCCAGGCCCAUCGCAUUCUCCUGGCCGCCUCCUGCGACUAUUUCAGGGGAAUGUUUACUAGCGGUUUGAAGGAAAUGGACCAGAAGGAGGUCCAGAUCCAGGGGAUCUCAUACAACGCCAUGCGCCGGAUCCUUGACUUCAUCUAUACUUCGGAAUUGGAAAUCGGACUGAAUAGUGUGGAGGAGAUACUGUCCGCAGCAUGCCAGCUUCAGAUCCUGGAGGCGAUCCGCUUCUGCUGCGACUUCCUGGCCUCCUGGGUGGACGCCGAGAACCUCCUGGAGGCCUACCGCCUGGCUGACCUCUUCGGCUUGGGCCGCCUGGCCGAGCAACUCGACGCCUUCGUCCUCAAGAACUUUGUGUCCUUCUCCCGCACCCCCGCCUACCGCCAUCUCCCUUUGGAGAAGCUUUAUGCGCUCCUGGGCAGCAACGCCCUGCAGGUCCGCUCCGAGAACGAGGCUUAUGAGGGGGCCCUCCUCUACCACUUUGACCCCCCGCAGCUUGAAGCCGACGACCUCUCCUUAACGGAGUUACCAAAGCUUUUGGACACUGUCCGCUUCCCGUUGAUGGAGGCCCACGUCCUGCAGAGGCUCCACGAUAAGCUCGGCCCGUGUCCAUUGAAGGAGACUGUGGCACAGGCUCUGGCCUACCAUGAGAACGAAGCCUUCCAGCCCUUGCUGCAAGGGCCACGGACGCAGAUCCGGUCGCGCUUCCGGUGCGUGGCGGGCUUUGGCGGGAGGCACGGCACCCCCUCGGCGGCGCUCAGCAGCCAGGCCUGGUUCCUGAACCCACUCCUGAAAGGCUGGAGGCAUCUGACCGUUGCUCAGGCACCUCUGAUGUCCAACCAAGGGGUUGCUGUCUACAACGAUUUCGUCUACCUCAUCGGAGGGGACAACAACGUACGAGGUUUCCGAGCGGAGGCCCGGUGCUGGAGGUACGAUCCGCGUCAUAACCGGUGGUUCCAGAUCCAGUCACUGCAGCAAGAGCACGCCGACAUGGCUGUCUGCAUCUUGGGUGACUACAUCUAUGCAGUGGCCGGGCGCAACUACCAUGAAGACCUGCGUGAGGUGGAGCGCUACGACCCCCGGACAAACACCUGGGAGUAUGUGGCGCCCCUCCAGAAGGAGGUCUUUGCCCACGCUGGAGCUGCCUUGGAUGGGAAGGUGUACAUUGCGUGUGGGAGGCGGGAAGAGGAGUACCUCAAGGAGUUCCAGUGCUACGAUCCCGGGACAAAUUGCUGGGCCACUUUACCUGACAGCCCCUUCCGGCGUGCCUGGCACGGCAUGGUGGCCUUGCUGGGGAAGCUUUACGUCAUUGGCGGGAGCAACACCGACUGUGGCUUCCGGCAAGAUGUCCUUGAGGUGUCCUGCUACUCCCCAAACUCUGCACAAUGGACGAUGGUGUCCCCGCUCCCAGCUGGACACGGGGAACCGGGCAUCGCAGCCCUCGACCACCGCAUCUACGUCUUAGGGGGUCGGUCCCACAACCACGGCCGCCUCUCGGCCGCUGUCCACAUUUACGACGCCCGCCAGGACCGAUGGGGAGAUGGCCCCUCUCUGGAAAACAGCAUUUCAGGGAUGGCGGCCUGCGUCCUUACCGUGCCCCAGUCGGUGGUCCUCGACGUCGAGCGGCGGCCUCCAGAAAGGUGGCGGAGCGACAGCGGAGGGGACCUCUCUCCUGAGGACGUGAGCGCCUUCGACUGGGACGAUCUUGAGGAGCUGAGUGACGAGAAUUGAGAGCCUUCUCUUUUGUGAUUUCUACAUAGUCGGGUUUUUCAGGGGUACUAUGCCCCCAAAAUGCUUGCAUCGCUUAGAGACCCCAGGAAUGGAGAGGAAGGGGCCCUGGAGUCAGUGGGGAAGGAGUAAUCGAAUCCUAAUACGAAUGAAUCCCAAUAUCAAUUACCUCCCUCCCUCCCCGUCAAAUAAACAAUAAACACAUUUGAAACAAACCCCAAUAUUAAUGAACCAUCCCUCUUGCCCCCUUCCCUCAAAAAAGCCCUCUCACCUCCCAAAACCCCCUGCUUACCUCAAAUAAAGAGAAAAGAAAACCUAUACAAA